AUGAUUGUAAGUUGUCGGUUGACUCUGAUGUGCGUUUGGAUUCUGGGGACGUUUCUCGAUCUGUGCACGGCCAGGAAGAUCAAUCUGGGGAUACUGUUCGCCUGGGAGGGGUCAAACCCCGUGGGGUCUCUGGGUGGGGGAGCGGCUGCGAUCGCCGUGGAUAGGAUUAACUCUGAGCAGGGGGAGCAGGAAUACGGAGCCAUACACGCCGCUGGGCUGGAGUUUGACUUCAUCUGGAAGGACACCAAUUGUGAAACCAAAAUUGGAUUGCCAGUAUUUAGCGACUUGCACUACGACAAUGAGCUGGGGGUACCCAUUGAUGCGUACAUCGGCCCCGGGUGUAGCAUCAUCUGUGAGCCAGGGGGGAUACUGGCCGCGCACUGGGGGACACCUGUCGUGUCCUGGGGAUGUACGUCGGACACACUCUCCCAGAAGGAGACGUACCCGACCUUCGCACGGACCACCAGCCCGAGUAAGUUCGUGGCGCCGUUCUUCACCCGCAUCAUGAAACACUUCAACUACGACCGAGUGGCCAUCAUCUACUCUUCGCAUCAUCUCUGGUCUCUGACGGCGCAGAAUAUGAAGACGGACCUGGAGCAGAACGACAUCGAAGUGGAGGUGUUUGCUCAGUUUGAGCCCUUGGAGAAGCUGGCCGAGGCUAACGUAGCAAGUGUGGCCAGAGAAGCCGAGAACAAGAAGAAACAGCUUGAGGAGGCUAUGGAGUCAUCAAGAGUGUUUAUAGUCGUUGCUUACGGGACCGAUGUACGGAAUUUCCUCCUGGAUGCAUUGGACCUUGGUAUGAUGGACGGUACCUAUGCCUUCUUCACAACGGAAGUCUCCCUAAGCGCUCGGGAAGACGUAAGCGAACCGAACGACGGUCGGGACGACGACGCCAUCAAAGCAUUCGCAGGUCUUAUGGAUGUGAAACUGCUGAAACCCGAGACAGACGCUUAUAUGGCCUUUGAAGAAGAAGUCCGCAUCCGAACGUCGCAGAUGCCAUUCAAUUCAACCGUAUUCGUCGAUCAUCCAGAUAAAGAGAUCGUAAUAGAGGCUGCUCUGCUAUACGAUGCUGUUCUUCUCUACGCACGCGCAUUAAACAGGAGCCUCGCUGCGGAAAACUCGACCGUCGGAAGGACCGUCAGCAAAUAUCUGUUUACAAACAAUUUCACUGGGAUCGAUGGCGAUGUAGUCAUCGAUGAGUUUGGAGACCGCCAUCCCAACCUGAUGCUACAAAAUCUUCAGGGAGAUAACUUUAUAACCGUCGGCAAUUAUUUCAACAACGAACAGAUCUAUGUGGACCUUAACCGGACUAUAUACUGGCCAGGAGGUGGUACGUCACCGCCCGCCAAUGGACCUGAUUGUGGAUGGGACAAUGUCAAGUGUCAACCGAUCCUCACAACGACUGAACUGGCUAUCGUCAUUGUGUCUGCAGUUCUAGUCGUAGUGGUGGCAAGCAUGGUGGCGUUCUUUGUUUACAGGAAUCGCAAGUACGAAGCUGAGUUGAGGCGGCAGGUUUGGAAGAUCAACUUCGAAGAUAUCGUCUUCUCCCAUGAUGAUCACAUGCGAAGAAAGUUCGGGACCAGCUACGAAUUCAGUAUGGGCAAGUUCUCGUCCCAAAUCAGUGAUCAUGCACGCAACAUGGACGGCAGCGCAGUGUCGCUAUUCAGCGCCAAUGCCUUCACCAAAGUGGGUCGGUACCAAGGAGCCUGGGUCGCCAUUAAACCCAUCAAUAAACCGGCUCUCCACGUCAACAGAGUAAUCCUCAAGGAAUUCAAACAGCUCCGGGAUCUCCAACACACGAACAUCAACCCUUUCCUCGGCGCAUGCGUAGAGCUUCCAAACGUCUGCAUCGUCUACAAGUAUUGCAGUCGAGGAAGUUUGCAGGAUGUACUCAACAACGAUCACAUCAAACUGGAUUACCUCUUCAAAUGGUCCUUCGCAAUGGAUGUGGCCAGAGGUCUGAAUCACCUUCACUCCUCACCCGUUCAGUCCCACGGCAGCUUGCGGUCAACCAACUGCCUAGUGGACAGCCGAUGGGUCUGUAAGAUCUCGGACUUCGGUCUGAUCAAGCUCAGGGAAGGAGCUGCGGACAACAGGUUCAGCGCAGAGGCUAAAUGUGCAAGAAAUCUCACAACGGCGCCGGAACUACUCAACAUGGAGAAGCCGCCGUUGCAAGGAACACAGAGCGCUGAUUGCUAUUCGUACGGCAUUUUACUUCAGGAAAUAUUCCUCCGCGACUCGCCUUAUUGUAUGGUGGAACUAUCAGCUCAAGAUAUAAUACAAUUAGUGAAAGCCUGCAAGGAUCCCCCAUUCAGACCAGCCAUCCCCGAGUCGGUGGACAGUCGAGUGGUGAAGCUAAUGCAGAGUUGUUGGGCAGCUGAUCCCGAGGCCAGACCAUCCAUAGCCAACGCCAUUAAGCACCUUCAGCAGUGUUCGCACGGCAGGAAAGGAAAUCUAAUCGAUAACAUGGUGGACAUGAUGGAAAAGUACACAGAUCAACUGGAGGAGAUGGUAGACGAACGGACCAAACAACUGGAGGAGGAAAAGAAACGAACAGACGAACUUCUCUAUCAAAUAUUACCAAGGUGUGUGGCCGAUGAGUUGAAGCAAGGCAAGAGUGUGGAGCCGGUGACCUUCCAGCAGGUGACGGUGUUCUUCAGCGAUAUUGUGGGGUUCACGAGACUAGCGGCGGCAAGUUCUCCCAUGCAGGUCAUCGACUUGCUGAACAAUCUGUACACUGGCUUUGACGGCACCAUAGAGCACUAUGACGUGUACAAGGUUGAAACCAUCGGUGAUGCGUACAUGGUGGCUAGCGGUCUGCCGGUCCGGAAUGGUAACAAGCACGCAGGCGAGAUAUGCACCAUGGCAUUGGAUCUACUCAGCUUUGUGAAGACCUUCCACAUUUCUCACAAACCAGACGAGCAUCUACAGCUCAGGAUUGGGGUCCACACGGGCCCCGUUGUCGCGGGUGUUGUUGGUAAGAAGAUGCCGCGAUAUUGUCUCUUCGGGGACACCGUAAACUACGCAUCAAGGAUGGAGUCUACCGGGCUAGCUUUGCGAAUCCAUGUAAGUCCCGAGUGCAAAGACGUGUUGAUGAGAAUAGGAACUUUUCAUCUUGAGAAGCGGGGCAGCGUGCAAAUGAAGGGCAAAGGGACGAUUGAGACAUACUUUCUUGCCGGCAAGGAGGGAUUCACGAAGGAGUUGCCAAGCCUGACCACAGCGGCUGCUUUGGAAGAACACGAGUUUAAGUAACAUCUGAAUACUUUCUUAUGAAAAUGUGCAAUGAACAAAUUUAGUAAAUGCCUUACGUAAUAUAUAGGUUUUCCCGUUAACACUCGUAUCAUUGAAAUUCCAUAAAAAAUAUAACUUUGCACCAAUAUAUUUCAUUUCACGUCUCAGAACAAGUGUAAUUCACGAAUUUCACUGCACCAUAUAAUGACAUCUAUUUGUGUAAUUUCGAAAUCUGAAUUUACAAUGGAGCCUAUAGGUUUAACAUUGAAGCACUUCAAAGUUUGGUUCGAAAUGUUUAACUUUUUUGUACCUGAAAGUCUUUACGUCUUAGUGUUACCAGUUUAAAUGAUAAACAUGAACACGAACAGACAUUUUUGGGAAAGCGGAAGUGACUUUUACAUUUUGGCUUGAAACAAUCGUUGUCUGGAGUUUUGUUGAUGACUGAAUGAGUAAAUGGCAGUUGAGAUGUAAGGAUAAGUCAGUGUUACGGACAAGAGAAGUUGCUAAGACGCAGGCCUUUUGAGCAGAGCUGUGGGACUAGGUGACGAGAGCGGUGGUUUUGUUGUUGGAGAGAAUGAGUGGAUGGGAUGUGUGGAGUGAAUGUGUGGAGUGAAUGUGGAUAAGUGGACAAAAUGGCGAGAGUGAGCUGAACAGCAAGUGAAGUUAGUGGAUACAAUGUGCGAAUAAAGAGCGUCAAAAGCCAGCUGUAAUGAAGGGUAAACUUCGCCUUUUUACGGUCAUUAAUUAACAGUUAUUACAGGAAAGUAAUAGCCUAUAAAAAAGUAGGAAGUAUAUUUGAUUGAAGGAGUUUUACAAAAACAGCGCAAAAGGGUCUACUUUCUUUCUACGCGGAUGAAAGUAAUGGUUGUACACACUUUUUUUUUUUUAAGUUUGCCCGCUGCAUCUAUUUGUUUAUUGACGCAUUUGAACUUAUGUUUAAUCGUGGUCUUAAGAACUAUAAUGUGCAAUUCAGAACUAAUUUUUUUGAUGUUAAUUCUCCAGGCACGAACGAAUACAUCGUAAUUGGUUAUCGUAAUAACGCCGGUGGGCGUCUAGGUCCGUGUGGAACCCCAAGCUUGCUAGAUGACUGAGAUUUCUUCACUUUUCAUCUUGCCUUUUGCCCAGAAUUUAUAUUUUAAUUCUUGAUAACCAUGAGAUAUACAACCUGAUUUGCAAGGGUGCGGAGAGCAGGCCCACACGGACUGUGUUCUUCAGCUUCGAAAAUAGUUGUAUGGACCAUAAGCCACCCGAAUUGGUUUACCCCCAAAAUUAUACAAGGUUUUUCUGCAUUUCAGAAAAUUCCUGAAUUAAAUCUUCAAUGGCGCACUUAAUAUUACAAUUUGUGGACAGUGGCAUAUCCUGGCCUUUUUACCGAACAAGUUUGCCCUUAAAAUAAAAAUCACCUUAAACACAUAGCGGUUGGGGAAUGGUCUCAUAAAAUAUCUGGGACGGAGAGAAUCGAAGCAAACGGGGGAUGCUUUCAUCUUUUGGCAGUUCAUUAAAGACACAAAUUUAAAGAUGGAUGGAUCGUUAAAAAUGGAAGUUAGAUAAAAGUGAACAACUCGCCAAUUAAACUUGUUAUAUGUGUUUGUAGACUGUUCCCUGUAAUGGAAAGAGUGGCCCUGGGUUGCCAGUUUAAUGAGGAACACAGAAUGCAGUAGAAGUCAACAAAGUGCACAACAUUGAGCAAAAAAAAC